AUGCAAGUACACUCUGAGAAAUUAAAUCAUCCCGUCAUGCCCGGAGAUGAAAUUGCUUGUUUAUCAACAGGUAAACACACGUCAUCAACAAGUUCAGGAAAUGAAUCAAAUACAACAACAAUGGCCAUGAUUCAACAAUCGGGAAUUAUUAAAAUUGGACCAGGACUUUUUCAAACAGAAAAUAAUAUUAUUGCAACAAAGGCUGGAAUCUUGAGGCUAGUUCCACCGAAUAGAUAUUUUGUGGAUAAUAAUCAACAUCGUUAUGUUCCGAUGGUCGGAGAUAUGGUUAUUGGAGUUGUGAAGGAUAGAGUGCCUGUGGAACAAUAUAGUGUGGAUAUUUUAGCUCAUCAAGGAUUAGCGUUAUUGCCAUUUAUCGGGUUUGAUGGCGCUACCCGAAGGAAUAGACCUGACUUGGGACCUGGCUCACUUGUUUAUGCACGUGUUACUUUGGCAAACAAAGAUUUAGAUAUUGAAAUAACGUGUGAAAGUGCGCCUGGAAUGAAAAAGAAAGAUUGGAGUACUGGCAAAUCUGUAUUUGGAGAAUUAAAAGGAGGAUAUGUGGUGGAGUGCUCUCUAGGAAUGGCUAGAAAAUUAUUAGAUCCAAAUUGCUACCUGUUAAAACUAAUUAGCGAAUAUGUGAGUUUUGAAGUAGCUGUGGGAUUGAAUGGAAGAGUUUGGAUUAAUUCAGAAAAUUCAAAUGACUCUGUUUUAAUAGCCAAUGCUAUUCAGAAUUCAGAGCAUUUGACCCAAGAACAAGUUGUACAAAUGUUAACAUUCCUAUUCAAAACAAAGAAAAAGACCAAGUGA